AUGGGAGACGACCUCCGGCUCAACUUACGUGCCCAAGACCUACGGUGGGCCCUAUGCGCAGCCCCGGGCCGCAGAGCCUGCGGACCCCAAGCGGACUGUGGGGAUCAAGGAUUUAGGAGAAAAGCUCAGACACCGCGGCUGGCGCCUCCCUCUGCGCACAAAGCACCAGAGCGAGACGAAGGCGCAGUACACCAGCUGGCCCGGCCUGGACCAGAACCAGCUGUCCGGAUAUCCUCGCAAGGACUCGUUGACUUCGAGCUUCAAGGAGACGCCCCAGGUCCGGGGCCACGGCCCGCGGCUCCCGCCGCCGUGCCGCACCGCGGGGCCCUCUCUCUGGCUCGGGAGUCCUACAGCCUCCCGCUGCAUCCACUCCGCCAGCUCGACCGUUUCUGCCCGCUGGAGGUGCCCUGGGGCGGCCCCCACUGGAAGCCCCUGCCGGGCACCUACAGCGUGCCGAAAGCCUACAGCACCGAAAACUCCUGCUACGGCAGCUCGAAGCCCGCGUCGGUUUGA